UCCAAUCAUCAUGAAAUCUUCACAGAAUGUGAAGGGCAGCUGCUGUGCUGAAAUGAUGGAUAUUUUUUUUUUUUUGGACAGCGAUCAUAUGUAGUUAUUAACCUGGCUAAUAAUAAUGGUGUAUCUGGCUGUUAUUCAUGAUAUGAGAGAUACAGUUAACACUAAUGCACAGCCACCAUGUCCAGCUGCUAUCAGGUUUGUUUUUCUGUUUACAGCAGUGGCAUUGUCAAAGAUACAUAAAAAAAACUUAUUCAUUUUACUCACAUAUCAUCCCUAUGAUUUUUGAAAUUACAAUUGUAUUACAAUUCCUUCAGUCUCAAGGCAAAUUCUUGAAGGCUGAUUCUGUAAACUUACAAUGUGCACCUUUAAGGUUGGUGUUGCUGAUAAAAUGGCCACAGAGUGUAGCUGGCAACUAUUUGAACAGUUUUAAUAUAUAUUUAUAGGAAAUGUAAGACACCAUGCAGAACAGCAAAGAGCGUAAGAACUGGGAGCUUUUUUUCAACAUCACAUUCUACCCUGUUCACAUGGAUGACAUACACAGGUUUGCACAAGGUCUGAGAAUGAGACAGGUGGACAUGAUCCAGGAUGGGAUUGCAGGCAGCAGUGCCACCCUCUCAAAAAUGUCCAAGAGACUGCGAAAGAGAUGCAAUAAAAGCAUGAAAAAAUAUAGCAGGAGAGGACAAAGGGUUGGUGGCAUCAAUGCUGUUGUGCAUAUAGACGAGAGCAAAUUUUGCCACAAAAGGAAGUAUGCCAGAGACCGUGUUGGCAACACCUGGAGGAGGAGAACAUGGGUUUUUGGAAUCUUGGAGAGCCGUGGUGAUUCCAGAAGACCUGUUCUGCGACUAGUCAAAAGAAGAAACAAGCAGACUCUUCUUCCCAUCAUCAAACAACAUGUGAGGCCGCAAAGUGUAAUCAUCAGUGAUGAAUGGCGUGCAUACUCCACUCUUAGUCAAGUGGGAUAUGUCCACCAUACAGUGAACCACAGCGUCAACUUUGUUGACCUGGUCACAGGGAACCAUACCCAACACAUUGAGAGGGCAUGGAACACCUAUAAACAUGAGGUGUGGCGUCUUCGAGGAAACCGAAAUGAAAAGGCCUUGAAAGAUCAGCUACUGUUUAUUGAAUGGACCUAUUGGCUGGGAAGGAAGCACAGAAAAGGAGUUCUUGGACGGCUUCUGAAGGACAUUCGUGUAGAGUAAUUGUUCUCUCAGGUAGGCCUGUAUGUUAAUGUCAUGUGUAGCUUUGAGUUGGAGUUUUAAUCUUCCUGUCUGAAGCCUUGUUGUUACAUUAAGUAAAAUGGAUGUUCAUGUUGUGCACACACACACACACACACUUCUCUUGCACACACUCACAUACACAUACACUUCCUCUAUUGCAAAUACUCUCACAUACACACAAAUGUUUUGUAACUUUUAUUUCUAUUUAGGAUUUUAUAUGCCUAUGCUAAAGGUACAUGUUACAUGUCCUUUGUUUGUUUUGAACUGUUGAAAUGACAAUGCAUUGAAGAUUUGUUACUGUUUUAAACUGUGUAUGUAAAUAUUUUGUUUAACUGUUUAAAUAAAGUCUGUUAAUAAUUUA